AAGCCACGUGAAGGGCUUGCAGGAUGUUAGUUCCCAGAGCCACAAACAAUAGAGGCAAGCAGCUUGCAGAGAAACACUUGGAAGAGUCCUCUUUACGAGUUUGAACUCUAAGGAUCCCUGAAUAUAAAACCAUAAGCAACAACUGAGCAGACUUAAAGUUUGACAGAGGCCGAGACUGUGCAUGUGGAAGAAUCUGAGGCGCAAUGAAACUUCCUGAGAACAGCACUGGAAGGAUGAGCGCUGGUGCAGAUGGAGGUUGGGAUGUCAAGAGGUGCCAGCAGAGACUCUGAGCCUUUGCACGCAGCCAGAGUGACCAGACAGUAAGAAAUGGGUGACUGGAGUUUCUUGGGGAACAUUUUAGAGCAGGUGAACGAGCAAUCCACUGUCAUCGGGAGAGUUUGGCUCACAGUGCUCUUCAUUUUCCGCAUCCUGAUCCUGGGGACGGCUGCCGAGCUGGUGUGGGGAGACGAACAGUCAGACUUUGUGUGCAACACCCAGCAACCCGGUUGUGAGAACGUCUGCUAUGACGAGGCCUUCCCCAUCUCCCACAUCCGGCUCUGGGUCCUGCAGAUCAUUUUUGUAUCCACGCCUUCGCUGAUGUACUUUGGGCACGCUGUGCACCACGUCCGCAUGGAGGAGAAGAGGAAAGAGAGGGAGGAAGCUGAGCGGCGCCAGCAGGCUGAGGUGGACGAAGAGAAGCUGCCCCUGGCUCCAAACCAAAACAAAGGCAACAACCCCGAUGCAACCAAGAAGUUUCGCCUGGAAGGUACUCUCCUGAGAACGUAUAUCUUCCACAUCAUUUUCAAAACCCUCUUUGAGGUGGGAUUCAUAGUAGGUCAGUACUUCCUGUACGGCUUCCGGAUUCUCCCCCUUUACCGCUGCGGGCGGUGGCCCUGUCCCAAUCUUGUGGACUGUUUUGUCUCCAGGCCCACGGAGAAGACCAUCUUUAUUAUGUUCAUGUUGGUGGUGGCUGCCGUAUCCCUCUUCCUCAACCUGGUGGAGAUCAGUCACUUGAUCCUGAAAAGAAUCCGGAGGGCUCUGAGAAGACCACCAGAGGAACCGCUUGGAGAGGUCCCGGAGAAGCCUCUCCCUGCCAUCACAGUCCCCACCAUCCCAAAGACCAAAGGCUACAAGCUGCUGGAAGAAGAGAAGCCGGUGUCCCUCUAUUUCCCUCUCACGGAAGUAGGGGUUGAGCCCAGCCCCCUUCCAUCAGCCUACAAUGAGUUUGAGGAGAAGAUUGGGGUGGCUCCACUGGAAGAUCUCUCCAGGGCAUUUGAUGAGAGGUUGCCAUCGUAUGCACCAGCGAAGGAACCAGAAGAGGAGAAGGUCAGAGCAGAGGAGGAGGAGGAGCUAGAAGAGCAGCCUGAGGAGCCAGGGGUGAAGAGAGCAGAAGAGGAGGUGGUGAGCGAUGAAGUGGAAGGGCCUUCAGCACCUGCUGAACUCGCCACUGAUAUGAGACCCCUCAGCAGGCUAAGUAAAGCCAGCAGCCGGGCCAGGUCAGAUGAUUUGACUGUAUGAAGGUGCAGGAUACAGGGAGCACAUGAAAAGGAAAAAGUUGAAGAGAAAAGGAGAGAUAGAGAAAGAAUCAAAAGAUAUUUUUAAGCAAAGCGCUAAAGUGGCCAUUUGAAUAUUAUUUCCUUUCAUGAUUCCCAACUGGAAAGGUACUACCAUGGUAACUGUGCCUUAUUUGCCCUGUAUGUCCCUGUAUUUCCCUGUUUCCACAUACCAGCUCACUCCUUACAGUAAUAUCUACACUGUACACGUAACUGAUGUAUUUUAAAACCUAACAUGGCAGUGAUACUCAAAUGUUGCCACUGUGAACAUAUUUACUGAAAGCCUUGUGUUCCACAUUUCUCUGGGAAUGUGGGGAGGAUCUGUCUUUCAGCUAGCAAGGGGGAAGACUGAUCAACAACUGUAUCUAGUCUUUCUUUUUCUGUUUCCACCUAUGGCUUGCUGAGCAGAUCUUCCCUUUGCUGUUGGCAUGGAAUUGCAGUUAAAUUUAAUCCACAAAGUGAAUUCUGUGCUUAGCAUCAACACACUAAAAUAGCAAGCCCAACUUCCCUUCUCUAUCCAGAAAAUAAAAUCCAAAAAUGUUCCCAAUUUCUCUGUGAAUGCAUAUCUGACUUAGGUAAAAAUAUUUUCCCUUUGUCAAAAAUAUUUCUGCCCUUCAAGUGACAUUGAGAGUGGGUAAGGUUGACAGUGGCUCUCUACUAGGAUUUAGCAGAUGCCCAGAGAAGGAUUAUUUGUUCCCAAGAGGGUCACCCAGCCCUGAGACUAUUUCAGUAUACUGGAAAGAAUAAAUUCAAGUGAUAUUUUUUACUUGUAGCCUUGUGACUUAAAGAUCUGAAGCUUGAUUUAGCCAAGCAAGCGUGGGAAGGCUUCUGAGAAAGGAGGGAACAGCUACAGCCCCCAGAGCAUGAAACCAAAUACAAGCCUUCAUGGUAUGAUCCUGAC